AUGUUAUUCGCUGCCACUCUUAUUGUUUCAAUAUCGUGGGCAUCUGCCAUCCCCGGUAGGAAUGUUCCUCCUAAGCUGAAGAACGAAGUGAUUCCCCGUGAAGCGCAAGUCCUCACUGGUGCUGCACUUGUCGAUUACGUUAACAACCACCAGCAACUUUUCAAGGUCGAACCUGCAGCUGCAAUUGACGAGCUAAUGAUGAAGAUCAUGAAACCGAAGUUCAUCAAUCAAAACAAGAAACCUUGUGUGGACGAGGUUGAAGACGAUAACUUGGAAAUUCCGGAUAGGCAAGUAGAAUAA